UAAUCAUCUCAUAUUUAAAUAGUGUCGGAUACUAAUGUCGAAUUCAUCCCGUUUGCACCCUUAGUACAUCUGUCUCUGCACGUGCACAUUCUUUUGGCCGCAUCUACUCCACGGCACUGUCCGCCGCGCCGCCUCCAGAAAACCCUCCCCGGGCCGACGCCACCGCCGCCCUCCCAGCUCGGAGGCAGGUGCAAGCUUUCCUGGAAGCCGCGCGCGCCGGCGACCUCGAUUCCCUCAAGAGGGACCAUAAGCGAGCAUCAAGUCUAGGGUUUACCUGCAAAGAGCCGCCAUGGAGCCAUCGCCGCCGCCGGAAAGAGCAUCUUGGAGGACUUGUUUGUGCGAUCUGCAGGGGUGGAUUGAUGUCAUCCGAUUCCCGGGGCUGAUUGAUCUUGUCUGUUCCCUGGGCCUGCCGGUGCUGAUUCACUUGGUCCUUUGCCCGCCGCCGCCGCCGCCUGCAGCACCUGGUUCCAACUCCCCCAUGGGCACCAGGCGUCGUGGCCAGGCCAUCUACGAGGCGCUCAUUACUCCACCACUGGGGCUGAUUGACCUCGUCCGUUGCUCACCGCUGCCUGUGGCUAGGCCUCCACCGCCGUCGCGUGCGGCAGUUGGCAAUGUGGAUGACAAUGAACGGCAGCCACCGCCCACGGUAGGUUCCAGCCAACCCCUCGUGUGGAUUUUAAGAGGCCAACCCCUCGUGGAGAUAUUUGCCGUGUAUGCCAACUUCCCUUUCGUUGGCACCAUCUUUGUCUGUGAUGGGCGUUGGGGCAAGAGCACUUACUGGCGCGAGGACUGGGCCGGAGCAUAUAGGGAUUUUGUUUCAGCAAGAAAAAAAUGGCUAUCAAACCAUAGCAGAGGACAUGCUGCCCACUCUGAAUUCAAGGAUAAGCUGGCUCUCACCGGACCAAAUCGUUUCAUAUCCGCCGAUGGUGGCUUUCUCAUUGAAGUUGUUAUCCCCGCGACAAAGAAGAGACACCGUGAAAUUUGUAAACUAUUAUGGAAUUGGGACGAUUUGAGCAUGUAUAACAAACCCAAGACCUGCACCAUCAUAACCAGCAGGGGCUGCGUAUAUGUCACCUGUGCGGUGCUGAGUGACGCCGUGGAGGCCACUGUGAAAGUCAUGCUGCGCCUACCCUGGGAGUGCGCCAAAGUCCAUGGUCACAUCAGUGCGCGCAUCAACACAUUUAGCAUUGAAAGCACACUAUUUAGCAAAGACGUCGACAAGGCGGUGGAUGUCUCCAUCUCCAGUUACACGCUUGAUUCUCUGCCACAGGGACAUUCUGACCUUGAAUUUUACCCCCCUGUAAGUCUUCCGUUGGCGCGAUCUGUUCUUGCGGUGCCAAUUGGAGCAUGCCUUGAGGUUAAGGGGGAGCUGGUAUUCAACGGAUCUCAUGUCAUAUCUGUCAACCAUUCUAUCCCGAUCCAAGGUGAGAGUGUCAAGAGCGAAUGGGUCCAGGACAACUACUGCUUUACUACUGUACGCAUGGAGAUCAGGUCGCCAUUCUAGUGUACGAUGGUGAGCAGGCCCCUAUCAGGUUUUUCUGAAGAUGGGGUCAUCAAACAUUUGAGAGCUUCUAUGGCAAUGCAUCUGUUGUGAUGGUUUUAUCUCUACCUGCUUAACUCUGUUAGUGGGUGGUGCCCACUGUAUAUUCUGAUUUAGGUUAUUUAACUUUGUUAGUUCGUUUGUAUUUUGUUAUGAAAUUUUAGUUAGUGAUUCCA